AAAACAUUUAAAGAUGUGGUGCAGACCUGGACUGUCUCAGACAUCUGCAGCAGCUUGUUAUCAAAGCUUGAAGACCAGCUUCAGAUCAGAAACCAUGAGGGCAUCUUCUUUGUGUCUGGUGUUCGGGCUGGUCCUGAUGAUGACCUGGACUUCUGAGGCUCAGCCUCAGGCUCCAGUUCCUGAGAAUUGUUGCUUUAAUUUUAUUGACUUUCCAAUUCCAAGCAACAAAAUUGUGAGUGCUGUGAAGACAGAUACAAAAUGCCCUGUCUCUGGCAUUGUGGUUACGACACCUAGAACCAAAUUUUGUGUGAAACCAGGAGAGGACUGGAUAAAGGCUUGGAUAAAGAGUGAUAUAGAGAAGAAAGCAGCUCAAGAAAUAAAAACAUAGAAUAAUGAUGUUGCUUAAUACAACUGUCCUUUCUUAAGAAAUGCAUUUUUGCUGAAUUAAACUCUUUUCUGAAUUAAACUCUUUUCAUUGGUAACACUUUACAAUAAAGUUCAUUAGUUAGUUGACUACUUUAGUUAACUUGAACUAAGAAUGAACAAUACCUCUACAGCAUGUAUUAAUCUUAAUUAAUGUCAAUUUCAACAUUUUUUAAAGAUUUUUGUUAAGUGUUACCUUUUCAUUUAGCACUUAAUCUUUGCAAAUAAAUAUUAAAAUGCAAUGAGAU